AUGCCAUUAUCUCAAAAGAAAAAACCAAUAAGUCUCGUUCAUUUAUUUGACGAUUUAGAGUCUUCAGAAGAUGAGCAGGGAGAGGAUCGAGUAAUUAUGGGAGACAUGUGGAAGGCAUUUCCCAAGGAGGAAGAAAAUGCAACACCCAAGGCUUUAGUCUUGACACGACAAAACUGCUCUUGUACAGACUGUGAAAAAGUAAUAUCUCCUGAAUAUCGACCGGAUUUUGAACCAUUGAAAACAAUAUUUAAUUCAGAAAAAUUACUUCGUCAUGCGGCCUUGUUCGCUGGAACACGUAAAAUAACGGAAAAAAUUAUUGAUCAUUUUCAUAACACAUGGGGUCAUCCUCUGCACAUGGGGUGUCCUGAUGUGCAAUACGUUACAUUUAUGAAAUGUGAUAAAAGAUUGUGUCAACGAUGGGACGAAUACAUCGCAGAACUGGCCCUCUUCUGUAAUAAUAAUAAUCCCAAUAUAAAACCAUUAUGGCAUGGCACAAGUGUAAGAUGUAAGAUUGAGGAGGCACGAGGGCCAUGUAAUCCGUCAUCAAAAGAGAGUUGUGCUUCUUGUAAUAUUUUGACUGGUGGGUUUGAUAUAAGCAAAAGUGGAACGGCUAACGCCUUUAAAAGAUUUGGAACAGGCGUUUAUUUCGCUUCCAAUUCUUCAAAAGCGCAUAGUUAUGCGACACCACGUGGAAAUGAUAAUACUUAUACGAUUCUUUUUUGUUUUGUGGCAUUGGGAAGAUGUCACUCUACACAGAAUGAUCAACCAUAUCUUAUAGAACCACCAUAUCCAUGUCACUCAGUACACGGAAUCGUUGGGUCCCGAUUAAAUUAUGAAGAAUUUGUUGUGUAUAGAAGCGAAGCGGUGGUUCCGUUCGCUGCUGUCAGUUAUAAGAUGAAAAACGGAAUUGAUAGAAGAGGUGGAAUCAAUCCGUUUAAAGGAAGACGAGAGAUGUUUGAGGGUAAAGGGAUGCAUCGGUUAGAAUAA